CAGAUGUCGAACUAGAUCUCACAAACUUCACGACUAUCUGAGAUCAGUAGCUGUGUUCACAGCUGUACUGUGAGAGAGGCAGGAUCCUACUGCAGCAGGGCUCUGCAUAACAGCUGAUGUGCAACGUGGAAACAAGUCAAACUGGAAUCGCCACCAUCGGAAUUCCGUCCGGUAAUAGUGCGCCUGCAGUGGGCGACCCUGGGAACAGAUGAGAUGAUGAGAUGAUGAACACCACAUAUCAAACGCCACGUACAGAGGAAGGCCAGUCUUUGAUUGUCCGGCUCCAAAGUGGGAAUAUUGGGAAUAGUUUCUAAAUAAGUGUAAACACCUUGUUUGAACCUGCAGCUGCACAGCGCGUGCAACCAACGCAGCCCCGAACAGCGCGAGAAACCGGGCGAGAUGAAAGACACCGAUACCCACACUGUCGUGUACCUGUGGGAGGAGUGUGUGAGUCGGUGUGUGUGUGUGUGUGUGUGUGUGUGUGUGUGUGUUUGUGUGUGUGUGUGUGUGUGUGUGUGUGUGUGUGUGUGUGUGUGUGUGUGUGUGUGUGUGUGUGUGUGUGUGUGUGUGUGUGUGUGAGGGUGUGUGUUUGUGCACCUGCGGACCUGAUCAUAUCGCGGCUCAGACUGCAGCUCCCGACCGAGACCGGACGCCCAAGGACCGGACACCUGAGGCUCCGAGCCAUGGACGCAGCGGAGACAUCCCCCGCCGACCAGGUACCGCGGCUUCUUGACAUCAGCGCCAGCUCGCCCGCCACGGAGCCCAGAUGUGAGCCCUCCACGCCGGAGAAGCCGCCCUACUCAUACGUGGCUCUCAUCGCCAUGGCCAUUAAAGACAGCCCGGAUAGGAGACAGACCCUUAGCGGCAUCUACAGCUACAUCAUCUCCAAGUUCCCUUUCUACGAGACGAACAAGAAAGGCUGGCAGAACAGCAUCAGGCACAAUCUGUCUCUGAACGAGUGCUUCGUUAAAGUCCGCCGGGAGAGCGGCGGGGACAGGAAGGGCAACUACUGGAUGCUGGACCCGGCCUUCCACGAGAUGUUCGAGAGGGGCAACUACCGGCGGCGGAGGAGGGUGAGGAGACCCUACAGACCCCCCAGCGCGCCUUACCUGGAGUACCCGGAGCAGCUCUACCUGCCGCCCUACGUGAGCAGCCCCUGGGGUGUGCGUCAGCCCCCGCCCGGCUCGUCCCAGGUCAUCACCGGUCACACCCGCUGCUUGUCCCCGGUGAGCUCCUACUGCCCUCCCCCGCACUUCCAGCACCCCCCCUACGGGGCCUACCACUGCCAUCUGCCCGCCGUGCUGGUGCCCCACAACGGCUUCCCCUACGGCGGAGUCACGCAGCCGAUGAGCCCCGACGGAGGCACCGUGUCCGUGGGGUGCAACUACCAGCAGUUCCCCUCCUAUUCGAGACAAGCGGAGCCGCAGCUCGCCCUCUCGUUUGACCACUAGAGUUUUAUUCUGGUGGGGUUAUUUGACAGCAAGUUCACAGACUCUGAGUUCAUCUGUUUCACUUUAGUUCACUUCAGCUGUCAGGUUCAACUUUAACUGUUACUUUGAAAAGGUGUAUAUUCUAAACCUGUUGACUAUGUGAAACUGUUUCAUACGAUUUUUGAUAACUUCUCUACACUUUCACUCAUCAAGAACUAUACUGUCAAAGUUCAGUGUUUUGCUUUUGAAAUGACACAGAUCAAGUGUGAGCUGCAGAAGAAAGUUUCUUUGUGUCUGAGGCUCAGUUUAUCACUUAUUUUGCAAUCAAGUAAAUGUUUUUUUAUGAAUGCUUUCUUUAUUUUAUUUUAGUAUAGGCCUACAAAAGUUUAAUUAUGUUAUUUAUUUAUUUUCUCUGCCUUUUUCCAAAUGAUCUGACCUGCUACAUGCAACACAAGGUGACAGUGAAGCACUGAUCAGUUUUCAUUGAAUUUAGAAUGUUUACUUGAUAAAAGUUAUCUAAUGUUUGAUAAAUAAAAUUAUAUUUUUGCAUUG